AUGUCUCACAUUCCAAGUGCCCGGUCAUCAAGCUGUGACUAUUUCCACCAUAUUACAAACAAAUGGUACAGAAUACGUGUAGAGAGACCUCCAGAAGCUGAACCGCCCGGAAACGCAAAGACAGGCCAAAUAUAUCUGUAUAAUAGAACAAGUCUGCUAUGGGAUUCGACUCCUAUUGAUUCAGUGCAUGCUAAACUUUUAUCAGUGGAAGCAGGAGAGAGGAUAUAUUAUCAUGGCUCCAAUGACUGUAAUAUUAAAAAUAUAAUAGAAAAUGGAAUUGAUCUGACUAGAUCAACUCGACCGGUAGAUUUCUCAUGCGGCGGAGGUUUCUAUGUUACCAGAUUCCCUACAAAAGCUGUGGAAUGGAGCAGGAGAGUAACCGGUUGGAAGGGAGGCAUGCCGGCUGUCAUUGCUUUUAAAAUUAGCCAAACCUUGUACGAGGAGGAACCCCACCUUAAGCUGAGUGGGGAAUCCACAACAAAUGUGAAAUUUUGGGAAUGUAUUGUGUCUCAUUUUCGCCACGCAGAAAGAUCAAGAGAUGUGCACAAUGCUCUGAAAGAUGUAAAGUUUAUCACUGGCUGGGUAGCUAAUAAUAAGUACCUUGGCGAUGAAGAGACACCAAGGCGCUAUCCUUUCACACAGUUGUGUGUUCGAGAUCAAGACUAUGCCCGUCGCUUUGGAAGUCUUGCGAAUAUUUCUUUUGUGUUGUUCCUUGUGGGAAAUUAG